AUGAAUUGCUGGGUGAAAAUUAAGAGAUCAGACUGGGUCUUCCCCACUGCUUUGCUCUCUUUUUAUGGUUUCUUUGCCAACUGUAGACCAGCAGAACCUUUUCUUACACCUUACUUGGUUGGGCCCAAAAACAUCUCAGAAGAAGUGGUAACAAACUACCUGUUUCCAAUCUGGACGUACUCAUAUCUGUCCCUCCUCUGCCCAGUAUUCUUGUUGACAGACUUAUUGAGAUACAAACCUCUAAUUGUAACUCAAGGUCUCUUUCUAGUCACAAAUUAUAUACUUCUUUGCUUUGCUCACAGCCUGACUGCUAUGACCUACCUGCAGUUCAACUAUGCAAUGGUCACCUCCACUGAGGUGGCCUACUUUUCUUAUAUCUACAGUGUCAUACCUCCCGAACACUACCAACAAGCCACUGGAUAUGUCCGCAGUGCUAUGUUGACAGGCUUUGCUUUUGGGGCGACAUUAGGGCAGUUGUUAAUAUCAUUAGCCAGCACAAGCUACUUCCAUGUAAACACCAUUACUCUAGGUCUAAUGGGAGUGGCUUUUUUUAUUUCUUUGGGCCUACCAAUGCCCAAGCAUGGAAUGUUUUUCAAAAGUGGAGUGGAGGUGUCUAUGGACACGUUAACAGAGGCAUCUGAGGGGGGGAAAGAUCUAGGAAAGGAGGAAAAAGGAAGAUGCUGUGCUUGGAAAAACUUAAAACACUCUGGAAGACAAAUGUUGGAGAGUCUUAGAGAAUCGUACUCCUCAAGGCGGCUUGUUCAGUGGUCGCUCUGGUGGGCUCUGGCUACAGCUGGAUAUGGACAGGUCUUCAACUAUGUUCAGCUUAUGUGGGACCACAUCGAGCCCUCCAGUACAUCUGCCGUGUAUAAUGGUGGAGUGGAGGCUGUAUGCACACUUGUAGGUGCAGCUGCAGCCUUCUCUGUCGGCCAUAUCAGAGUACAGUGGGGAGUGUGGGGUGAGCUCUCUCUGGGUGUAUUCUCUGCUGUAGGUGCUGGGUGUGUCUUUCUUAUGGGCCUCACCAACAAUAUCUGGUUGUGUUAUGCAGGCUACGCUAUCUUCAAAGCCUCAUACAUGUUCCUUAUUACAAUCACAAUGUUUCAGAUAGCGGUUAACCUCUCUAUGGAAUGUUACGCUUUGACCUUUGGCAUUAACACUUUUGUUGCACUUACCCUACAAACAAUACUAACUGCUGUUGUGGUGGAUAGUACUGCUCUGGGACUGGACAUUGUAACACAAUUCAUUGUAUAUGGGGGUUACUACAGCACUAUUUCCGUGCUGUUCUUCAUCCAAGGUCUGUACACUGUUUGUAAGCAUUACCGCACAUCUGCAAUGGGACCAAAUAUAGACCGACCACCCCCUGCAAUUCUAGAGGGUCAAUAUGGACCAGCCAUCAAUGGCAAAGAGGAUCUCGGUCUACAAUCACCAGCACAACAUGAUAAAGAACAUUCAGUGCCAUAAGUAACACCCCAAACAAAACAAAAUCAUAUAUAUAUAUUUUUUUUUUUUUUUUUUUUUUGCUGUUCUACUGUAUAUGGUUGUGUAUUAUCUUUUACAUUUAUCAUGUAUCUGAGUAUCAAA